AUGCGAUCCGAAAACGUGCUUCUCGCUGCCUUGGCGGCCACAGCGCCAACUCUUUCGACGGCUGCAACUUGCACGUCUCACACGAUCAAAGUACAGGCAACAGCGAACAACCGGGUUAUCUUUGCCCCUGGUUCGGACCUCACCAGCGUUUCCGGUGUAGAGUCGCUCCUCUCUUCUGGAGCUGGUCUGCUUGGUCAGCUCGCUGGCUUCUUUCCCGUCAGCGGUACAUACGACAUUGCUGCAGAGUACUGUCAGCCCGCUCCUGGGUCUCCUCUAUCCCGUCACAGGGAUGUGCAGCUGCUUCUACACGGUGUGCCGUACGACAAGAGUUACUGGUUCGGCCUUCCUGGCAAUCCAGACGGCUCGGAGAAGUACAACUGGGUAGAAUAUGCCACCUCUCAAGGGUACCCAGUCCUAGCAAUCGAUAACCUCGGAGCCGGAGCAUCCACCAAAGCAAACCCAAUCACAGAAGUCCAACAACCCCUUCAACUAGCAAUCCUCCACGAAAUCACCACAAAACUCCGCAAAGGAGAAUUAGAAUUCGCCCCUGCGGCCGAAAAAGUCAUCUUCGUAGGCCACUCCCUAGCAUCCGUAACAGGCAACGGCAUAGCCACGAAAUAUCCCUCCGACUUCAACACCAUGAUCCUCACGGGAUACAGCAAUGCGCUAGUAGAAGCCGGUCUAGGACUCCUCCUCACAGAACUCGAACCCGCUCAAACCCAAAACCCAGCAAAAUUCAAUGAUUUACCACCUGGAUAUCUCGCGUUCGGAUCCAGCCAAGGCAAGCGAAAUUCCUACUAUGCAGAAGAUGGUACUUUCAGCGCUUCCCUCGCGGAAUACGAUUUUGCUCACCAGGAUACCAUAACCCUAGGCCAAAUCCUCACGGCUUUCAGCGGUCUGCAGAAAGCGGAUGCGUAUAAAGGUGAUGUUUUGGUUCUUACUGGAUCUGAGGAUGCUUUUUUCUGUGGACCUACAGGUACUAGAGCUGUGGGUCCACAGACUUGUGGUGUGGGAGAUGAUAGUAUUCCUGCGAAGAGCAGGUCUUUCUUUCCUAAUGCUCAUUUUGAUUAUUAUCUGGCGCCGAAUACGUCGCAUGCUACUACGCUGCACUAUUCUACUCCUGGUAGUAUUAGGAGAGCGCAUGAGUUUUUGGCGGAGAGUGGGUAUUAG